AUGGAUCAGUUGGUCAGCAACACAAAAAUAACUAUCACUUUGAUGGAAAGUUGGAAAAUGGAAGUGGCCGCUAACGUUUAUCUUGUUCUGCCUCAUUGGUAUAAUAUCGCAAAUCAACAGACACCCUCCGCCGUCCACGGAAGUUUGGGAACUCAUCUUACACAGCCGAGACGUCGAGCAGUACGAGAAAAAAUAGAUCAAUUGAAAAGAACUUGUACAGAAAUAUAUGACGGAGUAACAGAAAUAGAGAGAGCAAAUGAUCGAGGCUUAGACCGUAACCGUGAAAAGACUAUUCAAGAGGAAUCGAACAAGUCAUUAAAGUUAAAUAUUUUGUACCACAAAUGUAAAACGUUAAUGGAUAGACUUAGAAACCAAGAAGUACGUCUUAGUCAGUUUAACGAUGAAACUCUGCCUAUGCAUGAUAUUUUUGACGCAGAUUUAGCUCACUUAAGAACGAUGUUAGAGAAUGCGAAUUUAAAGUUAAUAUCUUUACAGGCCAGUUAA